CGCGGGGGAGACGCUGGCAGAUGACAUCUGGAGGCGGGGAGGCUCGGCAGCAUGGCGUUUGUGGCGCUGAGUGAGGCGGAGAAGGUGUACAUUGUGCAUGGCGUUCAGGAAGACCUCCGCAUGGAUGGCCGUGGCUGUGAAGACUACCGAUGUGUUGAAGUGGAAACUGAUGUGGUGUCCAACACCAGUGGGUCUGCCAGAGUCAAGCUGGGUCACACAGACAUCUUGGUGGGAGUGAAAGCAGAAAUGGGGACGCCGAAGCUGGAGAAACCAAAUGAAGGUUACCUGGAGUUCUUUGUUGACUGUUCAGCCAAUGCUACCCCUGAAUUUGAAGGUCGGGGAGGUGAUGACCUUGGCACAGAGAUUGCUAACACCCUCUACCGGAUAUUUAACAACAAGAGCAGCGUCGACCUGAAGUCCCUGUGCAUUAGUCCUCGGGAGCAUUGCUGGAUUCUCUACGUGGAUGUGCUACUCCUGGAAUGUGGUGGAAAUUUGUUUGAUGCCAUCUCCAUUGCUGUAAAGGCUGCGCUCUUCAAUACAAGGAUACCAAGAGUUCGUGUUCUGGAAGAUGAAGAGGGCUUGAAGGACAUUGAACUGUCUGACGACCCCUAUGACUGCAUCCAGCUAAGUGUGGAGAAUGUCCCCUGUAUCGUCACCCUGUGCAAAAUUGGUUAUCGGCACGUGGUGGAUGCUACUCUUCAGGAGGAGGCCUGCUCCUUGGCCAGCUUGCUGGUGUCCGUGACCAGCAAGGGAGUUGUGACAUGCAUGAGGAAAGUGGGAAAGGGCAGCCUGGACCCAGAGAGCGUCUUCGAGAUGAUGGAGACCAGCAAGCGCGUGGGCAAGGUGCUGCACACCUCCCUGCAGAGCGUUCUACACAAGGAGGAAAGCCUGGGGCCCAAGAGACAGAAAGUUGGAUUCCUGGGAUGAUUUGCACAUCAACCCCCAACUGCCACGUGUUUGUUUUCUACUUUUCCUUUUAAGCUGAAUUCUGUGUACAUUUUUCUUAACUAUUAUGAAUUUAAGGCAACAUUUGUACAUGUAAAAUUAAAGUCUGAUUUAUGAUCUGGCUUGAUAUGGCUAGAGUUCCUCAGCUGUAAGCCAAGAUGCCAUUCGGUGACCCCUCAGGGAGUCUGACCCUUGUCUAGUGAAUGACAGCUAAGUGCAGAGGUCUGCUCCAAUGCAAGGGCUCUGGUCACAGGCCUCCCCAGGGAGACCUACCACCUGCCACAGGAGAUCAGAAUAACAACAUCAAGACCUAGCAGAAAAAUGGUUCAAAGGAAAUGUUUAUGAUAUGUAUAUUGUCAGUCUUUCUCCCCUGUAGAGCCUACAAAAUAAGAAUCACACACAAAAAAUGUAAAUUCGGGCUUCCCUCGUGGCUCAGUGGUUGAGAGUUUGCCUGCCGAUGCAGGGGACACAGGUUCGUGCCCCAGUCCGGAAAGAUCCCACAUGCCGCGGAGCGGCUGGGCCCGUGAGCCGUGGCCGCUGAGCCUGCGCGUCUGGAGCCUGUGCUCCGCAGCGGGAGAGGCCACAACAAUGAGAGGCCCACGUACUGCAAAAAAAAAGAAAAAUGUAAAUUUGCCUCGUGUAUUUGGGGGCUUCUUGGUGGGGGAGAUGGAGGAGGCACUCUGCUCCAGGUACAGACCCGGGGCUUCUGCCUGGCUGGUGAGCCUUCCCGAGUUUUGGGGGAAGCCCAGUUCUUGCUUCUUGCCCUCCAAGAGAUUCCCAACCUAGCUCCCCUAGAGUCUGGGGCUUAACAUGUACUUUGGUCCUUAGCCAACCUUUCUUAUCACUCUUGUUUAGAACUUACUUUGUGUUUUACAGCCACUCGCUGGUGUUUUGUAAGAUUUCCAUGUUUUAUCAGCAUUAAGAGGGCUGCUUCAGAGAUGUUGUCAUUUGAUUACUCAGCUCAGCUUCCUACUCUGGGGACAGAAGGAGAGGCCAUUCUCAAUGGCGCCAGGAGGCUCUUUCUAUAAGCCUGUGUUCUACUCACAGUGCAGUGUGUUGGAAUUAAGUCUAUUCAUGGGUUGAGCAGUCUCUAUUUUUUCUCCAGGGGAACUGAAACUCCCCAAUCAAUCCUUAAAGAGAGCCCUGGGGAAGGAGCUGAUUCAUGAAAGAGCGCAUUUCAGCCGUGGCAUUUACUCUCUGCAUUUCAGUUAGACAAAUAGGGUAAGGAGUUAGGAAGUUAUUGCCUAAUGGAAAGAACAAAAUGCGAGCUGAAGCCCUUAAGGACUGACUCCAGAGGUCCUGGCGUGGGCACCUCCUCCCGGCAUGGCCAGGUAUGUCCUGUGGAGAGAAGCAGCUGCCUGGACUUGGACCUGGAGUUGAUGCCCUGUUGAGAAAAUAGCCUGGGUUCUCUUUUUUCUUUAUUUUUUUCCCAGUGAUUGUCCUUACAGGCGCCAUGACAGUGCUCCCAGGGAGGCAGCAGUCAGCCUGUUUCUCUUCCCCUGCCCCUGGUUGACUGACCGUGCUGGAACAUUAACAGUGGGACUGCACAGAUGCAACCAGAAUGUGAAUAAAGUUUAGAAACCUUCAGUUUUGAUGAUUAAAGACAUCAGAUAGUUGAGACAGGCAGGUGAGGCCUUCCCAGGCCAGUUGUACAACAGCUACCCAGCUGGGCCUGCUGGCUAAGCAGUUAUGGUGCAAAUGAAGGGAAGAAGUAGAUGUUAGCGUCUGUGUCUACCACCCCAUCCAUACCUUCCCUUGAAGGCCACCCCACCUGGAAGAAGGGUACAUCACAAAUGAAACAAAAUACCAAAUGAGCAAGGUCUCUACAGGAGAGGCUGUAUUAGAAUUGUCUGAUGGUUGCAGCUCUCAGAAUAAGUGAAAACUGAAGGCAGAGACUGGCAAAGACUUGGAAAAAUAUUGUCCUGGGGAAAUCCACUGCUUCAUCCAGCAGAACCAGAGCUGUCUUUAGUGGCCAUUAAAUAAAUGUCAGGGAGAAAAACUAAAGUCAGCCAAAAGGCAAUCAACAGCUUGUGGGUGGGGAGGGUAAGGGUGGGCAUAGAAGGAAUGAAAUGUUAUAGAAUAUUCAAAUUGGUUUUAUUGUUUCUGUGAUUCCUUGGUCUCUCAAAUUGUGUAAAUUCAAGCCUGCAAAACACAUGAAUUUAGAAUACUGACAGCAGUUUGCAUUUUGCUCAAUAAAGGCUGUGGUCUCAUAUAA